AAGACUGAUGCGGCUCCUCGCAUCCUAUCCGCCGGUACCACGGCUCCUGGUUCCUCCCUCUCUCCUCCGCUCUUUGGUUGCCAUGGCGAUGACGUCAAGUUGCACCACCGCUUCAGCCCAGUAGACGGUCGGCGAGGCGGCGCGAUAAGUCCCGGACGCUCGUCUGCAGGAGUCACCGUCGUCACCGCCAGUCGUCGCCGCUCGGAUUCCCGUCUCCUCCUCGGUCGCCCUCGCACCCACUCGAUCCAAAAUGCGCGAAAUUGUGCAUUUGCAAGCCGGCCAGUGCGGAAACCAGAUCGGAGCCAAGUUCUGGGAGGUGAUCAGCGACGAGCACGGCAUCGAUCCCACGGGCACCUACCACGGAGACAGCGACCUGCAGCUGGACAGGAUCAGCGUCUACUACAAUGAGGCCACAGGUGGGAAGUACGUGCCCAGAGCCAUCCUGGUGGAUCUGGAGCCCGGUACCAUGGACUCAGUCCGGUCUGGUCCCUUUGGGCAGAUUUUCAGACCUGACAACUUCGUCUUUGGCCAGAGUGGCGCCGGGAACAACUGGGCCAAGGGCCACUACACCGAGGGCGCCGAGCUGGUGGACUCCGUCCUGGACGUGGUGCGAAAGGAGGCGGAGAGCUGCGACUGCCUGCAGGGCUUCCAGCUCACCCACUCCCUGGGCGGCGGCACCGGCUCCGGCAUGGGCACGCUGCUCAUCAGCAAGAUCCGCGAGGAGUACCCGGACCGCAUCAUGAACACCUUCAGCGUGGUGCCGUCCCCCAAGGUGUCCGACACGGUGGUGGAGCCCUACAACGCCACGCUGUCCGUCCACCAGCUGGUGGAGAACACCGACGAGACCUACUGCAUCGACAACGAGGCCCUGUACGACAUCUGCUUCCGCACCCUCAAACUUACGACGCCCACGUACGGCGACCUCAACCACCUGGUGUCGGCCACCAUGAGCGGCGUCACCACCUGCCUGCGCUUCCCCGGCCAGCUCAACGCCGACCUGCGCAAGCUAGCCGUCAACAUGGUGCCCUUCCCCCGCCUGCACUUCUUCAUGCCGGGCUUCGCGCCGCUCACCAGCCGCGGCAGCCAGCAGUACCGCGCCCUGUCCGUGCCCGAGCUCACGCAGCAGAUGUUCGACGCCAAGAACAUGAUGGCGGCCUGUGACCCGCGCCACGGCCGCUACCUCACCGUGGCCGCCGUGUUCCGCGGCCGCAUGUCCAUGAAGGAGGUGGACGAGCAGAUGCUCAACGUGCAGAACAAGAACAGCAGCUACUUCGUGGAGUGGAUCCCCAACAACGUGAAGACGGCCGUGUGCGACAUCCCGCCGCGCGGCCUCAAGAUGGCCGCCACCUUCAUCGGCAACAGCACGGCCAUCCAGGAGCUGUUCAAGCGCAUCUCGGAGCAGUUCACCGCCAUGUUCCGCCGCAAGGCCUUCCUGCACUGGUACACGGGCGAGGGCAUGGACGAGAUGGAGUUCACGGAGGCCGAGAGCAACAUGAACGACCUGGUGUCCGAGUACCAGCAGUACCAGGACGCCACGGCCGAGGAGGGCGAGUUCGAGGAGGAGGGGGAGGAGGAAGGGGCCUAAAGGCUCAGCCAGACCUCGUCCCACCUCCCCUCGGAGCCCCCUGCGUCACGGGUUGAGCGGCCGACACUUUCACGUCUAGAUCAGAUCUCUGCUGCUAGACCUCGUGUUUACUGCUACUAGUGCUGUUUUUCGUCCUGUCGUUGCCUCGCCCAAAUUCAAAAGCAGGCGAUUGUAACUGUGAAGUCUUGAAACUGGAGGAUUAUUAAAGUCUGAUUAAAAAGCCA